CGUCCUUCUCCUUCGUACAAUGCGAUUACCAGUGCUGCUCGUUAUCGCACUGCUUCUGGCGUGCCAUUGCUCCCUUAGUUCCGGCGUAUUUUGGAACCACGGUGGUAAAUAUUUAAAGGAUCUGAAGCGGCUGUUUAAAAAGUAUGAACAUCUUCUGGACCCAACACGCAAGCUAUCGCCCGUUAUCUUCGUGCCCGGAGAUGGCGGAAGUCAAAUGGACGCCAUGCUGAAUAAACCAAAUAAGGUGUCCUUCUUGUGCCAACGCUCCACCACGACGUUCUACAACAUCUGGCUAAACAAGGAACUGCUGGUGCCACUGGUGAUCGAUUGUUGGAUCGACAACGUGCGCCUCGAAUAUGACAAUGUAACCCGUACAACGUGCAACUCACCCGGCGUUGUGACGCGCAUACCCGGCUUCGGCCAGUCGGAGACCGUCGAGUGGAUUGACCCUUCGCACGCCUCCGUCGGGGCGUACUUUGUCAACAUUGCCAACGCGCUGGUGAGCAACGGGUACGUGCGCGAUAAAUCGAUCGUUGGAGCUCCGUACGAUUUCCGGAAGGGACCGAAUGAGCACAAGGAGUACUUCCUUUCGCUGAAGUUCCUGAUCGAGCAGACCUACACUCUGAACGGGGAUGUUCCGGUAACGUUCGUCGUGCACAGUAUGGGUGCUCCGAUGACGCUCCACUUCCUGCAACUGCAAACAGCGGAAUGGAAGGCGAAGCACAUCCGGAGGGUCAUUUCGUUAGCUGGCGCUUGGGCCGGAAGUGUCAAAGCACUGAAAGUGUACGCGAUCGGCGAUGAUCUGGGGGCUUUCGCGUUGAGCGGCAAAGUCAUGCGCGCGGAGCAGAUCACCAAUCCGUCGCUUGCGUGGCUGCUUCCGUCGCCGUUGUUUUGGAAACCGAAUGAAGUGCUGGCCCGGACCCAGGGUCGGAUCUACACGAUGUCCCAGCUGGAAGACUUCUUCAACGAUCUGGACUACCCGAACGGGUGGGAAAUGCGCAAGGAUACGCUGCCGUACACGCUCAACUUCACCGCACCGGGUGUGGAGCUGCACUGUUUCUACGGAACCAAGAUCAACACGGUGGAAUCUUUGGAUUACCAAAAAUCGUACGAUCUCAGCGGUACGCCGGUGCUGCAGAUGGGCGAUGGCGACGGAACGGUCAAUGUUCGGUCGCUGGAAGCUGCCAAACAGUGGGCCAACCAGCAGCGGCAACCGAUCCACCUGAAAGCGUUUCCCGGCGCCGACCAUAUGAGUAUUUUGGCGGAUCAAGCCGUGAUCGAUGCCGUCAUCGAGGUGCUACUGUCGGAUUAGUACGGCGCGGGAGCAGUCCGAAACCCGACCCCCACUUUCGGGUGAUAAUUGCAAACCAAAAAUAUUCUCUCU